CAUGUCGGACCUGGGCUCGGAGGAGUUGGAGGAGGAGGGGGAGAAUGAUCUUGGGGAAUAUGAAGGGGAACGGAACGAGGCGGGGGAGCGUCACGGGCACGGGAAGGCGAGGCUGCCCAACGGAGACACGUAUGAAGGCUCCUACGAGCGCGGUCAACGGCAUGGCCAGGGCGUCUACAAAUUUAAAAACGGGGCCCGGUACACCGGAGAAUACGUCAUGAAUAAAAAGCACGGCCAAGGCACCUUUAUAUACCCAGACGGAUCGAGAUACGAAGGGGAGUGGGCGAACGACCUGCGGCACGGCCAGGGCAUGUACUACUACGUCAACAACGACACCUACUCUGGGGACUGGUUCGCCCACCAAAGGCACGGGCAGGGCACCUACUUCUACGCGGAGACGGGCAGCAAGUACGUGGGCACCUGGGUGCACGGCCAGCAGGAGGGCGCGGCCGAGCUGCUCCACCGGAACCACAGGUACCAGGGCAAGUUCCUGAACAGAAACCCCGUCGGCCCCGGGAAGUACGUGUUCGACAUUGGCUGCGAGCAGCACGGCGAAUACCGCCUGACCGACCUGGAAAGGGGGGAGGAGGAGGAGGAGGAGGAGUCCGUCAGCACCGUCCUCCCCAAGUGGAAGGCCACCGAGAUCACCGAGCUGGCCCUGUGGACACCCACGCUCCCCGAGGAGCAGGCCCCCACCGACGGGGCCCCCCAGGAGGAGGGCCCUGCAGAGGAGGGUGGGGGGCAGCCGGCGGAGGAGGCCCCAGGUGCCGUGGACCUUUCCGAGGGAGAGACCGAUUCCCUGAAGCCCGGCGAGGACGACGACGUCCCCAGGGAUGACAGUCGCUAUGACGGCCGCGAGGAUUUCCGCUACGACCCCUUGGACCCCGGAAACGUCAGUUUCGACGAGGAGGAAACCAGACAGUCAGACACGCCAGAGUGAGCCUGGCGCCCGGCUGGGGGCCUCCCUCCCUAAGCCUGUUGGAGAACAGCUCCUAGUUGCAGAUAAACGGCGGAGGGCUUUGCUGA